CAUGGUCGUCUGAGAUAAAGGAAGCUUGACAUGCAAGGCUUCUGUGCUGCUUGCCAAUUUUGCUUGGAGUCUCUCUGAGGAGGGAUGCGGAUAGUUCAGGCAAAGCUGAAAGACUAAGGCAGAUCUGCUCGUAAAAAGAAGAAACCAAAUGCAAAUAAGCUUCUCCUCGCCGUCGCACUUGAAGGCUUCUUUUCUCAUGUGAUGCACUCACUCACCCAAGAAAUCAAAUCCUUCUCCAGGACUAAUUUGAAAAAGCAAUGCACCAGAGUCACAACUUUAUCUGGGAAGAGACUUAUCGAGACCUGGAGGGAUGCCCAGAUGCAAGUGGUGGAAGUAGCUGAUGGUAAUGAGGGGGAGGCCUGUGGUUAUGUGCAGGACCUGAGCCUGGAUCUUCAAGUUGGGGUGAUUAAGCCGUGGCUGUUGCUGGGUUCACAAGAUGCUGCUCAUGACCUGGAGACAAUGAAAAAAUAUAGGGUUACCCAUGUUCUAAAUGUAGCUUAUGGAGUCGGAAAUGCCUUCCUCCAUGACUUUACAUAUAAAACUAUCCCUAUUCUUGACCUGCCUGAGACUGACAUCACCUCCUAUUUCCCUGAAUGUUUUGAAUUUAUUGAACAAAUCAAGUUAAAGGAUGGUGUUGUGCUUGUUCACUGUAAUGCAGGAGUUUCCCGGGCAGCAGCAAUUAUCAUAGGGUUCCUAAUGCACUCAGAAGGACUCAAUUUUGCCAAGGCUUUUUCUGUGGUGAAAAAUGUAAGACCUGCUAUUUGUCCAAAUUCUGGCUUCAUGGAGCAACUCCAGAAAUACUGUCAAUGCAAUAGUUAAAAAAUGGAAACUUAAGUGGUAUAGUAGAAUGAUGAAGAAUGAACUUUAUGGUUAUGUUGUAAUGAGAGAAAAGGACUUUUUUUUAUCACAGUGUUAAUAAAAGUUGCCCACCAUUACAAUUCUAUAACUAUCAUUGGAAACUCAUCUUCAUUCUUACAUGUAAUGUUGAAUUCAUCUCAGAUACAUUUUACUUUUUAAAGUUCAACUUAAUGGAUAUAACAAUCAGUGUGGAUUUCUUAAGCAUCUUUGAUUUGGCAAUUAUCUAUUACUUGCAACUGUAUUUUACCACUUUAAGAAGUUUAGGAUCACAUAAUCAUAUCAACUCACUGUAUGUUUAUUACAAGUCAGUGAUGAUGUGUAUGUUAGGCUUCACUGGGGUCAGUCCCCAGAAUCCAGUGGGAGAUUGGCUAUUAGUCCAAGUGGGUCCCUUGUAAGAUCAGUAGGAGUCAGGCUCCAAAGCAGACCAAAGGGGCAGAUGCAAGUCAAAAUUCAGGCAGAUUUGAGGUCACGGUAAAGAAGGAGAAACUAGGUAGAUUCAGCGACAAGUUCCUUAGGAUAUGGAUCAUGCUAUUUAAAGCAUGCUGGAUUAGUACUGGCCAUGCGAGUUAGCUUUUAGUGCAUAGGCAGAGUAGAGUUGAACCCACUUCAACCACAAAUUUCACUCCACCAAGUUUGUACUGUGGCCAGAGCACUGAUAAUAAGGCAUUUGAACAUAACUGCUAGUAGCCCAAAUGCAGGUUCUUCUGUUUGGUGGUAUAUUAAUUGAAUAAAUAAAUAUAUAGUACUAGGGGCUUGCAUCUGGCAUUCCACACCUAAGAAAUGUACAGUAUAGUCAUAUUGCCAGGUUAAUGUUUCAGAAGAGUAAGAACAGUGUCAUUUUUCCUUUCCUUCUUCUGAAACAUCAAUAUACAAAACAGGGAAGGGGUUUUUAAAUCCAAGAACAUGUAUCACAAAUACUCACUUCUAGGAUACUUACUAAGAAUUGGCAGGUUUUAAGCAGACAAUUUUUUUCUUUCCCUGCAAUCCAUUUUCCUUCCUCAUUUAUAAAUGGCAUCCUAAUAUUCCAUGUUUCAAAUAUUUCUGGGAAGCAUUUAUAAUUCACUCUUCAGAGUUCAUAGCAGUUUAUAACAAUAAAAACAUUAGACCAGUGUUUCUCAACCUUAGCAACUUUAAGAUGGCUGGGGAAUUCUGGGAG